AUGAAUUUCUUUGCAACGCGACAAGACUCAUCGCAAAAUCUUACGGAUUUCGCUAAUGGUCUUCGUGAUAACACUGUAACCUGUAAUUUUCCUGUUGGUUUUUACGAACAAGCAUUGAUUACAGCAUUUGUUGGUGGUUUACGCAAUGAACAUGUUAUUAGACAACAUUUGAUGCAGCAAAAUUUAGAAAUGUUCGAACAAACGCUCAACUCUGCGAGGACAUUUGAAUCUGUUCUUAUUCAAGGAGCUAAUGUUAAACGUGAUUUAUCAGAAGAUUUUUCCGUUAUGAAAAUCCAUGAACGCCGUAAACAAAACACGAAUCUUCUCAAUGAUUAA